UGACAGUAAAAUAAAAAUAAUCUCAAAAGUAAGAAAACAAACGUGAUUUUCUCAUUUUGUCCAAAAAAUUUUGUUUUUCAUAAUUAAUGGAUAAAUAAAAUUAAGCAUUAUUAUGAUUAUUUUCAGUAUUUUUUUCUCUAAUUUUGGAAUUUUUGGUCAAAAAUUAAAUUGACGAAGUUGCACAAAAAAGAAAAUUAAUAUGGAUUCAAAAGCUGUUGUAAUUUCUGGUGAGGCUUCCGAAUCAGACGACGAAGUUGGUCAUAUCACCACUGGAAUAGGAUUUCCUACUCUAAACACUUGUGGAACAAUUAUAACAGGAGAAGCUCAAGAAUCUGAUGAUGAUGAAGCAAGUUUGAGUAGCUUAAGCAGUGCAAUUGAUGCUGCUGUUUGUCCUUCGUAUACUGAGGCUAAAGUACCAAAACAAAAAAAAAGUUACAUCAAAUACAACAGUUUACUUCACUUUAAACUCUAUGAAUGUAAUAUUGCAUUGGACAACGAUGUUCAACGAACUGUCCAGAAUUUAAUUACAACUGGUAUUCAAGAAUUGUCCAUUGCUAAUCGACAAUUGUUAAAAAGCGAAUUAAUUCUACAAGAAGCCGCUUGUCAAUUACGCAAUGCAUCGAAUCGAACUGCAAAUGCUUCCAAUUCCUUACUUCAACUUUUGGAUCUCAACUUUCUACACACCAUAAAAAGUUAAACUUUUGUGUACAUAUAUUGUAAAAAUUAUUUUUCUUUUCGCCAUUCAGAUUCGACUUUAAUUAAUAAUAAGAAUAAUAAUAAUAA